CUCCUCCAAAAUAAAUCACCAUAGUAGUUACAAUAUUGAUUCUUAGUGAAGCUUCGCGAUAGUUUUUCCAGUCGAAGCAUAGUUUUAAAAAAUCGCUCUUCUUCGAAACGAGGCCAUCACAAAUCAAGGUGCUCCUGGUCAAUGGUGUUUCACCUACUCAUUCCCCUCUCUCUCUCUCUGCAAAUUUGUCCUCAGAAGCAACAAAACCCCUGUUUGGCUCUUCCUUCAUCUUCUCGCCCUCUAGGCUCUACCCUUGUUUGCUUCCUCAUCGCAGUCCCAGCAGCAGAUCAACCUCUCUCUCUCUCUCUCUCUCUCUCUCUCUCUCUCUCUCUCUCUCUCCUGAUCGAGCCCUCACUUCUUCCAGAAGCUUCGGCGCGGUUUCUCCUUCUCCUCCCACCAUCAGCAGAAUCUCUUCACCGAGUUAGUUGUGGGAGGUGGCGGCCAUGAUGGGGGCGAGGGCGGCGUGGCGCCUCGCUGCGGUCCUCCUCGUGGUCGCUUCCCUCUCGUGUCUCCUCUCAUCGUCGGCGGCGUCCGCAGCGAUGGAAGCAGAGGUGGCUGGCCGGGCGGCUCAGGGGAACACCGAGCGCAUCGCAGGAAGUGCUGGUGAUGUGCUAGAAGACAAUCCUGUUGGAAGGUUGAAGGUUUUCAUCUAUGACUUGCCAAGCAAGUACAACAAGAGGAUUGUCACCAAGGAUCCACGAUGCCUCAAUCACAUGUUUGCCGCUGAAAUAUUCAUGCAUCGUUUCUUGCUCUCUAGUGCGGUGCGAACACUCAACCCAGAAGAGGCCGAUUGGUUCUACACCCCAGUUUACACCACUUGUGAUCUUACUCCAGCUGGACUUCCACUGCCAUUCAAGUCCCCAAGGAUGAUGAGAAGUGCAAUCCAGUUUAUUUCGAACAAGUGGCCUUUCUGGAACAGGACUGAUGGAGCUGACCACUUCUUUGUUGUUCCACAUGAUUUUGGGGCAUGCUUUCACUAUCAGGAAGAAAAGGCUAUUGAACGUGGAAUUCUUCCAAUGCUCCGUCGUGCUACAUUGGUCCAAACUUUUGGACAGAAGAACCAUGUCUGCUUGAAGGAGGGUUCUAUCAUUAUACCACCAUAUGCACCUCCACAGAAAAUGCAGGCUCACUUGAUUCCCCCUGACACUCCCCGUUCAAUCUUUGUUUACUUCAGGGGCCUGUUCUAUGACAAUGGGAAUGAUCCUGAGGGUGGGUACUAUGCGAGAGGUGCCCGAGCUUCACUGUGGGAGAACUUCAAGAACAAUCCUCUCUUUGACAUCUCUACAGAACAUCCCGCCACUUACUAUGAAGAUAUGCAGCGUGCAGUCUUCUGCUUGUGCCCAUUGGGAUGGGCACCAUGGAGCCCUAGGUUGGUGGAGGCUGUGGUUUUCGGCUGCAUUCCAGUCAUCAUAGCUGACGACAUUGUUCUACCAUUUGCUGAUGCGAUCCCAUGGGAGGAGAUCGGUGUAUUUGUUGAUGAGGAGGAUGUUCCAAUGCUAGACACAAUUCUCACUUCCAUUCCAAUUGACGAUAUUCUAAGGAAGCAAAGAUUGCUUGCCAAUCCAUCUAUGAAGAAGGCCAUGCUGUUCCCACAGCCAGCCCAACCUCGAGACGCAUUCCAUCAGAUCCUCAACGGCCUUGCUCGCAAGCUGCCACACUCGCAGAAUGUACACUUGCAGCCAGGCGAAAAGCGUCUCAACUGGACAGCUGGGCCUGUCGGAGAUCUGAAGCCUUGGUAGCAGGAGAGCUUCACUGCAAGAUUAGUCUUUCCCUGCUAAUUAUACUGAAAUUCUGCAUUUCCGUGGGUUAGUUCCAUAGAAUUAGUUGAUAUCCAUAUUUAUAAGUGUGGUGUAUGUGGUUUGAUGGCACUGAAAUCUCUAAUGCUGAUUCUAUGGAACGGGUUGUAACUUUGUAAUUGUAUAAAUGAUUAAAGAAAUGAAAUGAGCGUGGUCUUGUGUGGAA